AUGGCCUUCGAGACAAUCCGGAGGGGCCGUGAAAAGCUCAUCACCUUCCUCCAAAGAGCUCCCGACCUCAUCUUGGAUGAUACAGCUGCCCAGGGCUUUGUCUCCGAGGCUGAGUAUGAAGCUCUGGGCAAGCUUUCGGACCCAAAGGAGAAGAUCCGCAAGCUCUUGGUCAAGGUGCAGAUCAAGGGGGAACAGACCUGCCAGCAGUUCCUGGAAGGCAUCCGGAGCCUCUUUUCAGAUCUGCCUCCGGAUCUGUGGCCUCCAACGAGUGCAUGCACAGAUCUAAAGCAAGGAGAUUGUUGUCUUGACGAGGUUUUGGUUAACGGUGGCCCAGAAAAUCCAGAAGUGGAAGUGGUGAAAGCGGAGGACGAAUUAUCGGCCAAGGAUUCUAAAGACAAAGAAUUAGAAAAUGUAUCUGGUGAGCAAGAACCUGGUCAGGAAGCGAUGGAGACGGACAUUUCUGACGAAGGAGUUAAGAGUUUCCUGAUGAAGCUGGGGCUUCCCGAGCGAAGCAGCAGGAAACUCACCAUGGGAGAUGUUUUAGAAAUCACCCCCGAGUGCCUCGCAACCGUGACUCCUCAGUCACUGGAAGAUUUACCUUGGCACUUCUUGAGAAAACUGAUGGCCCUCAGCGGGACAGCCAGAAAUACAGCCCUUGUACACCAGGAUGAGGAAGACGGAGACGAGGAGGUUGAUGUGGAUGAUGACUGGUUCUUUCUGAGGGGAAUGGACUCUGGAGUUUCUGUAAACCCCCUCGAUGUCCUUUGCGCUGUCUUGUUUUGCUCUGAUAGCUUCCUUCAGCAGGAGAUCUUCCUCAAAAUGUCCAUGUGCCAGUUCGCCCUCCCUUUGAUUUUGCCAUCUCCCAAGUGCAUCUUUAUGCUCUGGGCCCUCAGGGACAUUGUGAGAAAAUGGAGGCCUCACUGCCUGAUAGAGAAGAGAGGCUUUAGAGAGGAGAGCCUGGUGAGAACAUCCAUGCCAACCAUUUCCUUUGUGCGGAUGGGCCGAUCCGGCCUCUCCAAAUCCAGGCUUCUCAAUGAGGUCCUCAGUUCCCCUCAGCAGCACCAUGACUUCUUUGUACACAGGGAUAUAGAGUGCGGGAGUGCUCCGCGAGAGAUCAGCGACGGGCUGGUAGAAAUCUCCUGGUAUUUUCCGGGAGGGAGGGAAAAUUCAGAUCUCUUCCCAAAGCCUGUGGCCGUUACAAAUCUCCGUGGGGACAUUGAGUCACACUGGCUGCAGUUCAGCUUUUUAACAGAGGUCUCAUCAGCCGUGUUCAUCAUUACAGAGAACAUGUCUGACAAACAGUUUGAGAUGCUGACAACUCUUCAGGGUUCGGCAUCUAAAUACUAUUUUAUCUUGAAUGUUGAUGGUGAGAAAUCAAAGGAGACCCUGAGGUUCCUGAACAAACUCGCACCGUUGCUGAGCAUGACCAAAUCACAAAUACUGGUGAAAGAAAAGAACAAAAAUACCCCAGAAUUUGUGAAAAAAUUACGGUCAGCCAUAAGGAACAUUGUUAACUCUCCUCAAAAGGUGAUCAACAUUGAAGAUAUGGCAAAGGUCAGUCAAGAACUGGGAAUCCAGACUGAUGAAGAUACAAAGAACUGUCAGAAUGGAACUCUGCACGCCAAUGAAAUUGUUGAAGAAAUAGAAGAUGUUGUGGUCUACAAGAAGGAGAUGCUGAAACUUCAGGGGGACUUGUGGAGAAACCUGGCCAAAGUAGAGAAAGAACUUUGCAGGAUGAAAAGGCAAGGUGAUACCCCAGCUGAAGAUUACAAGGCCCAACUCAGAGAAAAACUAAUAGCUUUACGUUCACAGCAGAAUCAAUAUGACAUCACUAAUGGAAUAACAAAAUUUAUUAACGGAAUACAACAGCUUCACCCAGUGGAGAAACGUCAUUUCCUGAAAUGGCUGAAGUUCAACCUGGAUUGUCUUGCUAGGACAAACUUGUCAAAAUUAAGAGAGGAGUAUAAAGAACAUUAUCACACUGCUGGAAAUGAUCCGGGACAGCUGGCACAGCUGGAUGAAUUAAUUUCCAAAAGUUCCUUAGGCGUGGAACAUUUCAUGCGUGAGCUGGGGCAGUUUUAUGAAGCAGAGUACAUGAUGGUGAAGGAAUGUAAGAUAACCGAGAAAUACAGACAAUUUGUACACCUACCAGGGAUUGCUGCCGACCUGAUGCUGGAAGGGUUUCCAAUGGAGUUGAUUGAUGGAGAUGCAUCUAACAUCCCCCUGCAAUGGAUAACUGAUGUUUUGACAGCACUUCAUUCCAAACUAGAGGGCAAAUCCAGGAUGAAGGUUCUAACGGUACUGGGUGUCCAGAGCACUGGCAAAUCCACCCUUCUCAAUACUAUGUUUGGGCUCCAGUUUGCAGUCAGCAGCGGCCGAUGUACCCGAGGGGCCUUCAUGACCCUCCUAAGAGUCUCAGAGAACUUCCAGCAGGAGCUCAAUUGUGAUUUCAUCUUGGUGAUCGACACAGAAGGCUUGAAAGCCCCCGAGCUGGCCAAAUUGGAGGACAGCUAUGAACACGACAAUGAGUUGGCCACCCUAGUGAUUGGACUGAGCGACAUCACUCUUGUGAACCUGGCCAUGGAGAAUGCCACCGAGAUGAAGGACAUCCUGCAAAUUGUUGUCCAUGCCUUUCUGAGGAUGGAGGAAACUGGGCACAAACCCAAUUGCCAGUUUGUCCACCAGAACGUCAGCGACGUUUCGGCCCACGAUCAAAACAUGAGGGACAGGAAACUCCUCCUGGAACAGCUCAAUGAAAUGACCAGAGCUGCAGCGAGGAUGGAGAAACAAUUCAGAGAAGUUUCCUUUUCAGAUAUUAUGGACUACAAUCCAGAAAAGCACAACUGGUACAUCCCUGGUUUGUGGCAUGGAGUCCCACCCAUGGCCCCAGUAAAUAUGGGAUACAGCGAGAGUGUGUCAGAUUUGAAAAGAUCCCUAUUUGAAUUUAUGAGGACCUGCUCCCGAAACAGACAUUCCAAAGACAUCCCCCAGUUUGUUGAAUGGGUGAGAAGCCUGUGGAACGCUGUAAAACAUGAAAAUUUUAUCUUCAGCUUCCGUAACAGCCUUGUAGCUGAUGCUUACAACCAACUCUCAGUGAAGUAUUCAGAAUGGGAAUGGGAUUUCCAGAAGGAGAUGCAUCUGUGGGUAACCAAAGCUGAUACCGCAAUUCAGAAUCAAUCGCUAGAAGAUAUAGAGUCUGGUGCAUUCGAUAAGUUGAGGCUUGAAGCUGAUCAGAAAUUGCGCAACGGACAGCAAAAGAUAUUGCAGUGCAUACAAAACUAUUUUGAGAGCGACGGAGAGAGCCUGCAUCUCAUAGAAAAGUAUAGAGAAGACUUCAUCAGAAGUGCUAAAGGUCUCCGGGAGCAGCUGGAAAGCUACUGCAUUCAUAAGUGUCAGCAGGCCAUCUUCAUACGCAAGGGACAGAGUAAGAUAGACAGUCUUCAGGCUACAUAUGCAAAAACCAUGCAAGGGAAGGUGAACAGUCUCCUGGAAGAGUGUAAAAGGAAGAAGAGCAAGCUGAGUUUUUUUGAACUGAAUGGGGAAUUUGAGAAAAUGUGGAAGGAAAGCUUACUGGAGUUGCCACCUAGUAACUUAACUCGCCGUGACAUUUAUGCAGAUGUCCACCAUCAGCUCAGAAAAGAUCUUGAAGUAUGUGGCAGCUCGGCCAACCAGCACUUGCAGAACUUACCCUGCUUUUCAGCCCGUCCCAGAAAUCCUUUCAUUGUUAAGGAUUGUUAUCUUAAAAAAUCAGCCAUUAGAAAAAUCACAGGUUUCAUCAACAAUUACACAGGUCUAUUCAGUGAUUAUACACAGCAACUAUAUGAAUAUGCCAAAUCCUUGAUUUGCGUAUCUGGGAGCUAUGUCAUGGAGAAAGUCAACACAAAAGGAGAUUAUGAUGAAACGUAUUGCCGCGAGUUGCUGAGACUGAUCAACAAAAGCAUUCGAGGAAAAGAUUUUCAAAAGCUUCACUCUACCAUUUAUUUUGAAGUGGAUCUGAAAUAUUUCAUUCUGGGAGAAGCAGCUGAUGCUUUUCAGGAAAUACAUAUCAAAUUCUUCAAGGCAAAUGACCCUCACCGACGUCUAGAAAAGCUCAAACCUCAAUAUUUAUCCACCUUCAGCGACCUUUACUAUGAGAAGGAUGCUUGUCAGAAGAGAGCCAAGGAUUUUUGUGAUCUGUGUCUGAGGCCAGCUCUGGUGGACCACCUCCACAAGAGACUUGGGAUAGAAAUAGUAGAUGAUUUCCUCAGCAGCCGGCAAUCCCUCCAGUAUGGAAGUAGGAGCUUUUUUCAGUUCACGGUUCAGAAGACAUUGCUAGAAGAGGAAGAAUUUGAUGACUAUGUCAAGUAUAUAAACUCAUAUGAGGAGUUUGUGAAAUCUUGGAUACAGGCACACCUGAUAGACCAUUACAGACAGAGAGAAGGAUUAGCCACCUUGGAGCGAGGAAUCCUGUCUACUGCAGUGAAGAAAGCAACAGAAGUUCUGGAGAGUUAUGAGGACCAAACUGGGACUUUGGCUGAAUUCUUGGAGCAUUUUUGCCAGGAGAUGGGUGAAGAGCUUGUCAUUUCCAAGGAUGGUCUGGAUGUUGUCCUGUUCAACAACACUGCCAAUGCCGAAUCCUUCUCAGCCGAGAUACAGGCCUGUAUCCCCACAGUGAUAGAAGACAUCCUCUCGGAGAAUUUUAAGAUGAGCAUCGAAGCGAUACUUGCAAGCAUUCCGUUCAAGCCCCAGGACGAAAUCUUCAAGCGGGUGUUUGGCUGUGGGAAGCAGUGCCCUUUCUGCAAAGUCCCCUGUGAAGCCGGAGGCGGCAAUCACCAAGAACACUUUGCAUCAGUCCAUCGACCUCAAGGGUUAGGGCGAUAUCGUUAUGUAGAAACAAACAUACUUGUUUACUCCUUGUGCUCUUCUGAUGUCAGUUCAAAUGCAACCUUUCAAAACCAAGACACAGCUUGGAAUCCGCACCCUUAUAAACAGUACCGCCGGUACUAUCCCGACUGGCGCAUCCAACCUGAUGCUAGCAUCACAGCCUCGGAUUACUGGAAGUUUGUCUUCAAAGUAUUCAAUCAACAGUUUGCCAGAAAGUACCGUGCCCUCCCUGCUGAUCUCCCCGAGGACUGGGAAAGAUUAACCAAACAGCAGGCACUGGAAAGCAUCCAAGAAGCCUUUAAUAUGGAAUAGCAAAGUUCACCCUUUCCAG